AUGGGUAACGGCACGACAGCCGUGUUGGAGCCUACAUUCACAGGCUAUGUUGCUACGACGCACGACGCCCUGAUCCUCUUCGAAGCCUGCCUUACGGGAGUCCUCCAUCAUGUCCCACGACGGCCGCACGAUCGUGAGCGGCCCCAGCUGGUUCGCAGUGGCAGCGUGUUCAUCUACGAAGAAAACGCGUCGGGUAUCAAGCGAUGGACAGACGGGGUGACUUGGAGUCCCAGUCGCAUUCUGGGGAACUUCUUGGUCUAUCGAGAACUGGACAAGCCUUUCCCUCCGGGCGAGAAGAAGCGAGCGAUGAAGAAGAAUACCCGGCGUCCGACCCAGCCGACCCGCGCGGGAGAGCCAUACCCUCGUCCUCAGACAGAGAGCAACGGCCAAACAUAUUCUCCAUCCGCCACUUCCUCGGGGGGCUCAUAUGGAGAACGAUCUGGACAGUCGGAGCUAGAACGCGCUUUGGUCGGUUCUCUAGUUGAUUCAUACGGCUUUAAGGAUUCAGGAUUGGUGAAGAAGACAAUGAGUGUGACUGUGUCUGGGGUUACCCACCACCUGGUCUCUUAUUACAGCGUGGAGGACGUCAUGCGCGGAGUGCUGAGCCCACCCUCUACGGUCGACUCGCUCAAGUACAUCAGGCCGCGACCGGAAUUGACCACCAAGCAGAGCUUUCGCGCUCCCAUCGACGAUUUGGAAACUGGCAAUAUGGAGGAGUCGGACCCGAAUCAGGCAUACUACGGCUAUCGCAGACCUAUGGUCGCCCAAGGAUAUCCGAUUCCGAACCCGAAUUACUACUCCAUUCCCGGGCCCGGUUAUGUGCCCCAUCCCCAGCAACCCAACGCGAUGCCUGGCUAUCCGCCUAUGCCAAGCCAUCCUUCAUACCUGCAAAACCCUCCGCCCCAUUCGGAGAUGCCGCCGAAGACAGAAGACUAUUCUACCUUCCGGGGCCCGCCUGCUGGAUACGCUCCGGCUUAUGAUCCCACGAAUCAGCAGUUGCAUCAUAUGCCAUCGCCAAUGAGCCGGCCGCAGCAUGCUCCGAAUCCCCCAAUCUAUCGCACACCUUCGUUGCCUGGCCGCAGUGUGCAACCGGAGAUGCCUCAGUCUGUAGACCCACACGCGCAGCAAACCCCGACCUCCUAUCAGAGGGGCAGCUUCAGUGUUCCGACCCCAAUGGAUGGAAACCAAGCCAUGGAUGGUCGAAACGUGUUGGAUAACCGGAAUGUGCAAUCAGAAAUCCCCCAGGCCGUGGACACGAAUCCCCAGCCGAAUCCACCAUCCUACCAAAGGAACAGUUUCAGCGUCCAAGGUGGAAUUGAGGGCAGUGCUCCGGUUGACCAGCGAAGCAUCAGCCAGAAGUUUCCGAGUUAUUGA